AUGAUGGAAACACGUUAUUACGAGGGUUGUGGACGUGAAGGUCCCAUACGGUGUAUAUUUCUGGGAGAGUUUCAUCCCAUUGCUGGCCCAAAAAUAUCGUGUCAGUUUCCUGAAGAUUAUAUUUCCAAAGAAGUGUUUGACUCGAUAAGUGCUUACAUCAUCCCAAAGCCACAAAUUCAAAAAUGUACAAUGACAAUUAAUGCUUUAGGCCACAAAAUUGUUGGCUAUCCGAUCCGGAUCGCCAACUCGCGGUAUGAACGAAACGUGUAUCUAUUCAACCUGUGCUUCGUAUGCGACAGCUGGUCCAAGACCGUUCAGUAUGAGCCGGUUGUCAAGAAGCUUGGAGAGCAUUUGACUAUAAUGGAGGAAGAGACAGGUUUUGUGUCAAGUGGCUCCACUAAGCUGCCAACGCUGCUGGCCCAUCUUCUCCACGACCUUAACACCCAUCGGAAGGCUACUUUAGUUGAAGGUGAAACUGUGAUGCAUCUUAAAGUCCUCGAAGUACGUAAGGACCCGACUCCCGUUCACGACCACGACGUGCCCGUAUUGUUAUCAUCUGUGGGACUCCCAAGACCCGGUAGACCUCAACGGACUGCACCGCCAGAGGGUGCGGAAACUCAAUCACAGGAACACCUAGACGUUGAGGAUGAUGAGCCUUUUGAAGUCGAUAUGGACGCCGAUUGGGACCUUACCACCAGACAGCUUCUGCCAUACAUCAACGGAUACAACCAUGUUUCAAAGAUUGCGGCCGAUACCAACGUCGAGAAGACAUUAGUGAAGUCUUGCAUCCAGAACUUGGUCUAUUAUGGAGUGGUAACACUUAUUCCACUAUUGAAAUUCAGCAAUAUGUAUCGUUCAACACCAAACCUAAGCCGCCUGUUCAGCGACCACGAGCUGCAGAAGUCUUGUAUUGCGUUCAUCAGCAAGGGCUGUGAUCCUAAAGAUAAACCAUCGCCGUCAGAAGUGUUAGAGAUCUUGUGCUCCCUGCAACAAGGCACCACUCUUCGUACAGUGUGUGAACGGUUCUCGGGCAUAUCGAGUACCGCUUUGGAUGUGCGUCGACUUGUGGUGUUUGCUCAACUUCAUGGACUCAUCAAAUGCUUAAAAAGAUAUCCUGUAUACCUACGUAAUGCAACUCGUCCGAAUGGCAUCAACAACCGAUUAGAUUCCGUAUUGGGUAUACGACGACUAUUCACAGGAAGACACUGCACCGACGAAAUCUGUUGCCUAGCCAAAAUCGACCUUCCCACCUUGGAUCAGAUCAUAGAAGACGAUCCUAACGUGGCCAUCAUUUGGAGAUAA